GCGUUGCCUGACAGUGGUAAACAUACGUCAGAAGGGAGUCUUCGCCUCGAGUCAAAACAAAACAAAACAAAACAAGUCAAAAAGACUGCGAAUGAGUGAAUAUUCAGGCCGUAACGACGACAGGAACCCUCGCCGAAAUCACCGCUGACCUGAAGCGGAAACUUGAAGGGAGUUGUGUGACGGUUUUCGCGGACUUUUCCACGGAUUGUAAACUCUGGAGUAGCAGCAGCUUAACCAGCUAACGUUGCUGUCGUGCUGUUUUCAAAGUGCGGCGAGUGAAGUGGAGAGCUUCAUCCGGAGCUCGGAGGACAUCCAGCUUCACCCAUCAGCCGGGGACACGCUUCGUGGUUGUUCGUUUGCUUUACCGACACAUCGGGCGAAGAUCGGCCGAGCUGCGGGCCGCGGUCGAAGGAGGAGUUUUGUGCGAGCAUCGUGUGCCGCGGCAGGAGUGUGGAGAAACAUGGCAGAUGGUUACAUGCGCCUGCCCGCAAUGUGGCGGCGGAACGGUCAGACCUAAAGCACGGACUUUACUCACCUCCUCUCCACCGUCUUCACAUUUGUACUCACUCGUCACGACUAAAACCAUCACCGUCGUCCGCCUGUCUUUACCCGCGUCCAUAGCUUGACUCUCUGCGGUUGUUUUGUGGCUUUAAUUAAAGGCCACAGCUGGUUUUUUAAACUUAAAAGAUAGUGGGUGCUCGGAUAAUCUGGCGUUUUUUACUCUUUCACUCACCGGACUGGCAUUUGACUUUUGGGGGGGUCAUUUUGGUUUUAUUAUAUGUUAAUUUAAUUUAAAGUUUGUUUGUUUUGGAGAAGCUCAGACACCACGUUGUUUACUAGUGGAGACGGAGAGGCGGGCUUAAUCCCUGUUUGUACCCUUUACAGUAUAAAAAAAAAUCUCCCGAAUUUUAACAUUUUAACAUAUACCUAACUUGAUACAUCAGGUACAAAACUAAUUGUAAUGUUUUUAUUGUAAAUUGUUACCCACUGACUCCUUGUAGUGCACUUUUGCAUCAUUUUAGAGAUUUGGAAAAUGUAUUGAUAUUUUAUAGAUAUCAAGAUCGAAUAAUCGAGAAAAUAUUCAGAUUAAUGUGUUAUGAUAAUUUUCAGUGGCAGUCAUAAUUGACAAAUAUUUAGACAUUUUGUUUAUGGAUAGAAUUUGUAAUAUUUUAUAUUCAAAUCCUUGGUUUUGUGAUUAACCCAGACUGCAGAUCCAGAUGUUUUGCUGCUCGCUGCCACUCUGCAGUCACUUUUUUUUUUUUUAUUUCCAUUCAAACAAAGAGACAUCUCAGUCCUCAUUCAUUCUAUAUAAAUCGGAAGCUUUAUGAUAGUUACUAUUAAGGAGAUUAUUUGGGUUCCCUAAUCUCCAAUCUGAGGAUUACCCGAGGCUGUUGGUGUGUCCAGAUUAUUACGUCUCUACUUUAGGCCCCUCAGUGGGUGAAGCAUCUUGUUUUGUGUCAGGAAGUUUUUGUUUGUUUGUUUUGUUUUUUUAAAGCAUCAUCCACUCAAAGCUAACUUUAAUUUUUAAAGGUGGAUGUUGUAAGUGGCUGCCGUCUUUGCGUUUGAGUGUAAAUCCAGCGGACAGUCAUGGAGGAGUCAUCGGUGUCCCCGAUUGACCCAGAUUUUGAGCCACAGAGCAGACCCCGCUCCUGCACGUGGCCGCUGCCCAGACCAGACAUCUCCACUGUCAAAGCGGAGGGCGCGGAUGGCGCCGAGUCCGCCGCCGGUACACCGCCCGCCGACGAGGACAAGCCCGAGCCACAGCAAAUCACGUCCGAGCCCGAGAAGGCGGCGGCGGCGGCCGAGGGCGGAGUCGUGGCUGGUGUAGGCGGAGCCGGCGCGACACCACGGAAAGGCUCGUCCCGGCGCAACGCGUGGGGGAACCAGAGCUACGCGGAUCUGAUCUGCCAGGCCAUCGAGGACUCACCUGAGAAGAGGCUGACCCUGGCACAGAUCUACGAGUGGAUGGUGAAGACAGUGCCUUACUUCAGAGACAAAGGGGACAGCAACAGCUCAGCAGGCUGGAAGAAUUCCAUCCGCCACAAUCUAUCACUCCACAACAAGUUCCUGAGGGUACACAAUGAGUCGACAGGAAAGAGCUCCUGGUGGAUGCUCAACCCAGAAGGAGGGAAGACUGGGAAAGCUCCUCGUCGUCGAGCUGCCUCCAUGGACAACAGCAGUAAACUGCUGAAGAGUCGCAUGAGGGCCAAGCAGACAAAGAAGCAGGCGGGAGCGUCCGGCCUCGCCAGUGCCGGAGGGACACUGCAAGGUGACGGGAGCACGGGCUCAGCGGGUGCAGACAGCCCAAAUUCGUCCCAGCAGUUUCCCAAAUGGGGGGUCAACAGCAGUAGCCCCUCAUCUCGUGGCAGCCUGGACGACACUGACAUGUGGACCACUUUCCGUCCACGCACAAGCUCUAAUGCCAGCACCCUGAGUGGACGUCUGUCCCCCAUUGCCCCUGGACAGGAGGAUGACGACAGCCUGCCGGAGGAUGGGCUGUUGGGAAGAUACCCUGCCAGGAGCUUGACCCCCACACUCACUGAAACCCUCAUGGAGGAACUGGAUCUGAUCGACGGCCUCACGUUGAUGCAGGGAGGGGCCAGUCCCAGCACAGCCCCACCAGCACCUCCCACUCCACUGCCGUCCGCCGCCACACUGCUUCCCCGAGGAUCCAGCUUCUCCUCCUUCCAUCAGCUGCAGCCGUCAAACCUUCCGCAGGCUCCCACCCACAACCAGACCCAGGCUUCCAUCUCCCAGUGUGGACCUAGCAGCAAAGAGCCAUCCACCUUCAGCAACUCCCUCUUCAACCCCAUGUCUGGCUCUGGCUCUCGCGGGAGCGGUCACUACAGCAGCCAUGUGCCCUCCAGUCUGGAGGCACUGCUCACCUCUGACUCCCCUCCUCCGAGCGAUGUCCUGAUGACCCAGGUGGAUCCCAUCAUGCCCAGUCCCGGAAGGGUAGGCCUGAUGGGUUUGGGUUCAUCUGUGGUGGGUGUGAGGUCCAAACCCAAUCAGCUGCUCUUAGGUAAAGGGCUGGAGCCAAACACAGUGGCCCCCAUGGCUCUGCAGACUCAGAUGCAGCCACAGCAGCAGCACCACUUGCACCAGCACUCACCACCACAACAACAACAACAACAACAACAACAACAACAACAACAACAACAACAACAACAACACCACCAGCAUCACUCUCACAUGGGGCUGGGGAUGAUCCUCUCAGGUAUGUCUCAGGACCCAUCACAGCUCUCGGUGCUUAAAGCCCAGCAUGCCACGAUGCCAGCACUGGGCUCUCUUCACGGAGGGCACGGCGUGGGUCCGCAGGCGAUGGGUCACUUUGGAGCUCCAUCCUUCCUUCCCACCGGUCAGGACCGACUGCCCACAGAUUUGGACAUAGAGAUGUUCACGGAAAACCUGGAUUGUGACGUGGACUACAUCAUCAACAGUGACCUCAUGGACGGAGAUGGCCUUGACUUCAACUUUGACCCCAUAUUGCCUGGUACCCAAAGCUAUGCAGGCCCGGCCACCACACAAGGCUCCGCUCACAACUGGGUCCCCAGCUAAUUCUUCAGCUGACAACAAGAAGCCAGGAAGUGAUCUCCACUGAAGAAGAGCUCACCAUACGACUAAACGACCGGUGCAUUCCUCCUCCCUGGUGGCUGACAGACGCGACACUUCCACUUGGACUUUAAAACCAGACCUCACUCACGUCAUGUGCCAACACAUGCAGAGGACAGGGAGGAGAUGCAGCUACUUAUGCACACAUUCUCCUUUUUUUCAGUUUUUUUGUAACAACAGUUUGGCUGCUAGCCAUUUUUACCUUUUGAAUCCUUACUGAUCAUUGUUUUGAGACGUGUGAAAAAAAAAAUGCUUUUAAGAGUUAUAAAAAAAAAUCAUGAGCUUCCCACUGCAGGGAGUUCAUGGUACAGUUAUGUUUCACCACGAUAGCUUUAGGGCCGAUAUGGUACCCCCCACUGGUUCUGAAGACUUGGCGGACUGAGAGUGUGUGGAGAAAUGGCCAGUUUCCCCAUCAGCGCUUUCGCACAAAUUGCCAGACCAAAAUGCUGUUUGAUCGUCGUCUGACGUGACUCUGCUGCACCAGCUCCUCUCCUCCAGAGGAAAACGAAAUAAGAACUCUGAGGAUGUGCAACUGUGUUUUUGAUGAGGUGAAAAAAGAUUAAACAAAAAAAAAAAGACUGGACAACUCUAGAUGUAAAAUGUUUGCUUGAACAUUGGCGACACAUCUUCAGACUCAGUUUCGUACUCCCUUUAGAGAAAACAAAGUUCAAAUGUUAGUUUAAAGACUGAUUUUUUUUUUAGUAAAAGAAACCAGACACUUAACUGUGGUUUAAAUAAAAAGAAAAAAAAGACAAACAGCGAAACAUUUCACUCAUCUGAACUUGGACAGUCCUAAUAACAGUUAUUUGUGUUAUACCUCUCAUAGUGAUAUACACUAUAUUAAACUAUUAUAACAUUUUACAGCAUUUUUAUAUAUAUAUAAAUAUAUACAUAUAUUGCUGUUGAAGAACAUUGUUGUUUUUAUCAUCUAGAUCUAAUUUGGUUGUUCAGUUAGGAGUGGGUGUAUUUGCAGUUUGGCAUUUUUCAAUCCAGUGUGUUUUGGUAGAUUUUGAGUUUGAGGGUGUUUUUCUUCCCCUCUCUCAUUUUUUUUUUUUUCACUCCCUGAUGUGCAGUUAAACUAAAAAAAAAAUAAUGAAGAAAUGUGAUUUGUGACAUACAAGGGGCAUUUAAGGGUAAAUUUAUUUGCCAACAAGUGAUUGGUUGGCCAAGUAUUAUUACAUUGUCUUACGCAGCAAUAUGCCUCCACUCUCAAAUGGUCUGAUUUAUUUUUCUUCUUGUUUUUUGUUUUUUUUGCUGUGCAUUUUCAAGGCACUUAUUAGGUUUCCUGAGACACAGGGGACCCCGAACUUAAAGAAUACAUCCACAUUAAGGGUUGUACCAUUUCAUUAUGAAAAAAAUAUGUAUUUUUUAAAAGAUAUGUAUAAUGUACACAUUGCAUAUGUACAUGUUGUCACGCUAUGCAGAUUUACUAUCAGGAGAACAAAAUGGAAUCUUGAAGGAAAUUUGAAAGAAAAAACAAACAAAUGGCUCCUUGAAGGGUUUUGCUAUUUAAGAUUUUCCCUGAUAUUUUUUUGUCAGAGGUGUGGUUGCUUCAUGUCACGAUUAUCCUCUCACACGUCAAUUAUCAAGAAAUUAAAAUCACUGUGUGAGACAUACAACAACAAAAGAAAGAAAAGAAUAUAUUUGAUUAUAGUUUUAAUAUACAAUUUAGUCGGAGGUAACAAGUGAGAUAUUAACACAUAUAAAUAUAUUAGUAAUGAUGA